AUGAUGAGCAAUGCAUCAAAGCGUCUUUUCAACACGCGGAUGGACCUGCGGUUCAUCGCAUAUCUCGUUAUAUCUCUCAUAUUUACCUUCCACGUCCUCGUAUUGACUGGCUGUCUGUUACUGUCUCCUGGGAUUCCGGACCUUUUCGUGUUCAAACUUCAACUCAAUCAGUCUGAAGGAUACGAGGUGAGAGUAGGAUAUUACGGGAUCUGUGCCGAACAGCUGCCAGGUCGUCAACUUGCAUGCCAAGCAAGCUAUAUGCGCAGUGCCGAUGCGUUGGAAGACUUCUUCCUUUCGAACUCAACGCUGGACAGCGAUUCCAUUCCCGCGCGGGCCCUUCUAUCCAGUGCGCGAACAUUCCAGAACAACGUGUUCUACCCUUUGCUGGCUGGAUCCGGCGCUCUCAUCUUUCUGAGCACAAUAUCGAUGCUACUGCUGAAACGGUCCAUCAAGAACCCCAAGUUCAACCCAAACACGAUCAACACCCAGAAACGUUUCAGAUCUGGGAUGCUAGUUCUCGGGCAGCUUGCUUUCGGCCUUGCUGUGGCAGCAGCGUUCUCGACUACCCAGACUGUGGGCGCAUUGCAUUUCGCCACCACGAAAGUGGAGGGUUCUCUAUCUGAUAUCAUUAUCACGAGUGGCAUUCCAGUUCAGGGACUUCAGUGGACAAUGGUGGCAAUGAUCGCAUUUCUGCAAUGGUCAAUGUCUAGCAUGUUCCCCGAGGGCCAAGCAGGCAUGCCACCAAUGCGCGCAGGCCCUGGGAUGGGUAUGCCGCCGCCUCCCCCGCCGCCCCCGCCGAUGGGACCCCCUCGCUUCUAG